CACUGGAUUUUGUUGAUUGUCCACUUCCGGUUCAGUGAUGAGUGAGUGCUUGCAACUGGCCACUCUGGGCCGGCCUUUCCAGUUGGGAAUGCUGUACGACUGCCGAUCAGAUGCUCUGAUCCCAGGCAUCACCUUGUGGGACUUGCAGACACUGCAGAGCAACCUUGACUGUCGUGAUCAGCCCAGCACUGAGUUUCACAUCAUUGCGUCAGACUCCAUGGAGAAGAAAGCCAAUGCCCUCAAUGUGUCAGGGUCACUGAAGGCGAGUAUCCUGGCUGGGUUAGUGGAGGUGAAAGGGUCGGCAAAAUAUCUCAGAGACACGAAGGAAUCAAAGCAACAAGCACGAGUUACCCUUCACUACAAAGCAACAACCAAGUUUGAACAACUGACAAUGAGUCACUUAGGGAGACAGAAUAUUACCUACCCGAGUGUGUUUGAUGAGGGCUCAGCCACCCAUGUCAUUACAGCAGUGCUGUAUGGGGCCCAGGCCUUCUUUGUGUUUGAUCAAGUGGCUUCUUCAGCAGAGAACAUACAGAAUAUUCAGGGCAACAUGGAGGUGAUGAUUAAACGUCUCCCUAAGAUUGCGAUCGAGGGAAAGGCCUCCCUAGAAAUGACAGAAGAACAGAGCUCUCAAGCCGAGAAGCUUAGCUACACCUUUUACGGGGACUUCUCACUGAAGAACAAUCCCACCACCUACAGAGAUGCCAUCAAUAUCUACGCAACACUCCCACACCUGCUGGGCUCAGGUGGAGAACAUUCAGUGCCUGUCACAGUCUGGCUCUAUCCUCUCAAUAAACUGGACACCAAAGCUGCUCAGUUGGUGAGGGAGAUCAGCGUGGGACUGGUCAAUCGCUGCCAGUGUGUCCUGGAACAGCUCAGUGAGGCCGCGAUGAGGUGCAAUGACCUGAUGAAAGACAGUGUCGCAGUUCAGUUUCCUGAGAUCGGGGACAGGAUACUUCAAUUCCGAGAGAUGUGUCCGAAGUACAAACUGGUUUUCCAAGGGACCUUAGCCAGAGUUUUGCCGUCCAUUCGGGGCGGCAGGAAGGAGGAAGGGUUGCUGACGGACAUACUGAAGAACAGGGAGCAGUCACCAUUUAAACACCAAUCACUGACCACAUGGCUGGAUGACAAGGAAUGGGAGAUGAUGGUUGUGGGAUUUUGCCUCAGGAUAAUGAAAGACAUACCUGUUGUGAAAUCAAGGAGAGAGUUGCAUAAAGUGUUGAUGGGUCCAGUAACAGACUACGAGGUCUGUUUCACAUUCACAACACUGCAUCAGGAGGAUUUCUACCUGACGGAGGCAAUCAAUUACCUCCGAUCUCUCACAGCAGUGAAAAUGCAGAUGCCACCUCCUGCUGCCGGAGCCAAAACAACACAACACAGCGAGCGCUGGUUUCACUUAUCGUCCAUACCCGAGAAGAUGAAGGAACGAUCGGGCAUGUUCCUGGAUUUUGCCACAGCCAACAGUGGGGACGAGAAAGUAAAAUUCCUUGUUGGAUCCGCACAGGAUGACAGUAACGUGGGUGCGUCUAUUUACCUGUACGGAGGUGUGAUGGUGAGGAGCCGCUGCUUUGAACCCCCGUCUCAGCCUGAGAGACCAACAGCGAGUGGGACAACACACGACAGUGUGAUGCUGCAGUUAGAGCCACCCACAUGUGGUUCUGAUGAGAUUGUGGGCUACAAGGUAGAGUAUCGAGGUAGCCAGCAGGAGAAAUGGACAAUACUAGAUACACCUGACGCAUCCCACUCCUUCACGAUAUCUGGGUUGGAGUCACACCAGGAAUAUCACAUCCGAUACAGAGCAAUGACCAAGGUAGGGGUCAGCAAGGCCAGUGAAAUCUACAUGGUCUCCACCCGGCCGACAAGUCCUCCUGGUAAACCGGUCUUCCAGGAUCGUUCACCCAACCCAACACUGUCCGAUGACGGAUCAAGUCAGAUUGGAGCCGACGUAUUUCAAUACAGGAAUGAAUACAAGGAAGAAUCUUUGUUCAAGUCUAUUGCAUUGGACAGAUCAUGGGAGCAGGUUCAGACAAAAGACAGACAUGAUAGUUCACACAGACCAAAGAGAAUUGCCCUGAAACUUCUUGAACAAGCUCAAUUAAUAACCAAAGGAAACCCUUCCAUUUACAAGCUCAACCUAGAGAGGGAGGUGUUUAAUCAGUCCAAGCAGCUUGUGAAAUGCUCCUUAGGAAAGCCCACCACUAUGCACAAGAUGAAGACAAUUAUGUUGCUGGGGGCAACUGGAUCAGGAAAGACAACCCUCAUCAACGGGAUGAUCAACUACAUCUUGGGCGUGGAGUGGCGGGACAACUUCAGAUACCAGUUAAUACAGGAGGAGACGGGAAAAUCCCAGGCUGAGAGCCAGACUUCCUCCAUCACUGCCUACCAUCUCCACCACCAGGCAGGGUUUAACAUCGACUGCUCUCUGACUAUUAUCGACACGCCAGGGUUCGGGGACACCAGGGGCAUCAGCCGGGAUCGACAGAUCACUGAGCAAAUCCGCGAGUUCUUCACUUCCCCACAGGGCGUUGAUCAGAUCGACGCGGUCUGUUUCGUCGUCCAAGCAUCCUUGGCUCGCCUGACCCAGACACAGAAAUAUGUCUUCGAUUCCAUCCUUUCCAUUUUUGGCAAAGAUAUCGCGGAGAACAUUCAGAUAAUGGUGACGUUCGCAGACGGGCAGCGCUCCCCAGUUCUGGAGGCCCUGAUAGCCGACAAGGUACCCUGCCCCAAAGACAAAAAGGGAUUGCCAGUACACUUCAAGUUUAACAAUUCUGCCAUUUAUGCCCAGCGUCCGACCUCUGGCGUCGAGGGGAGAUCUAACAGCGGGGAAGAAGAUAAUGACUUUAACCUGAUGUUCUGGAAGAUGGGGACAAACAGUAUGAAAAAGUUCUUCACAGCUCUGAGCACGAUGCAGGCGAGGAGCCUGCUCCUGACCAGAGAGGUUCUGAAUGAACGUAGCCAGCUGGAGUCUAUAGUGGCCGGGUUACAGACUCUGAUCCAAGCAGGGCUGACCAAAUUAGAGGAGCUCAAAAAAACCCAACAAGUUCUGGACCAAAACCAGUCCAACCUGGAAGAAAAUAAAGACUUUGAGUACGAGGUUGAUGUGAUUGUUAAAGAAAAGAGGAAACUUGGCAGCGAUGCUCCAUUAGUAAACAACUGUACAGUUUGUGAAUACAGUUGUCACGACCCCUGUAUGUAUGCAGGUUAUAUUUACAAAUACUGGUGUACGUCAAUGGACUGGUGGGGAAAUUGUAAAGUCUGUCCGGGGAAGUGUGCCUCACGAAAACACCGAAGGGAAAAGUACAGGUAUGUCUGUGUAACAAAAAAGGAGAAGAGGACGUACAACGAACUGAAGAAAAAGUAUGAGAAGAAAUACAAAGGUGAGAAGAUGAGCCUGCAGAAGGUUAGGGAGUCACUUGAGCAGGAGUUUGCUGAGGUGGGGAACACAGUUCUGGAGCUGAUUCAAGAAUUAUCCCAGGGCAUUAGACGACGUGAAGAAAUAGCCCUGAGACCAAACCCGUUGUCCACCCCGGCUUACAUUGACCUCCUGAUUCAGGCUGAGAAAGAUGAGGGGAAGCCCGGCUUCAUUGAGCGAAUUCAGGCACUCACCGCUGUGAAGAAGCAGGCAGAGAUCAGAGAAAUAAUCACCAACAAGAUGCUGCUACCAAAGUAUUCGAAGGAAGGUGCGGCAGGAGGGAAAAGUUCUGGAGAUUAGUAAAAUAAAAAAAUAUCAAAGUGAUGAAUUGAUUCUCUUCCAAGAAGUAACCGAGAAACAUUCCAGCUGUUUUCCACUGCGUUUCACUCAACCGAUAGACAAAUCCUCGGUCUAAUUCCUCAUCCUUCCCCCUCCCCCAAGUGCCCAUAGUGACCUCAUUGGAACUUACCGAAUGGUGAAAGGCCUGGAUAGAGUGGAUGUGGUGAGGAUGUUUCCAUUAGUGGGGGAGUCCAGGAUCAGAGGUCACAGCCUCAGAAUUAAAGGAUGUUCUUUUAAGGAGAUGAGGAAGAAUUUAUUUCGUCAAAGGGUGGUGAAUCUGUGGAAGUCUUUGCCACAGACGUCUGUGGAGGCCAAGUCAAUGGAUAUUUUUUAAGGCAGAAAUAGAUGGAUUCUUGUUUAGUAUGGGUGUCGGGAGUUAUGGGGAGAAGGCACGAGAAUGGGUUUGGGAGGGAGAGAUAGAUCAGCCAAGAGUACAAAUCUACACUUUAAAAAUGUCCAUUGACUUGGCAAUGAAUGCCACAGAUUCACUGACUAUCCUCUGACUAACAACAUUCUUCCUAGUCGUCUUUUAUUCUGACGUUUUUGCAUCUGAUCCUAGACUCUUCCACUAGGGGAAACAUCCUCUCCACAUCCACUCUAUCCAGGCCUUUCACUGAUUCAGUAAGUUUCAAUGAGGUCCCCACUCAUCCUUCUAAUCUACAGCGAGUAGAGGCCAGUGCCGCCACAUGCUCAUCAUAUGUGACCGUGGUCGCCUUCGGGAUUUUAACAUCUCGUAGCCCGCGAUCCCUUUACCAGGGAUCGACCAUGGAUGCUUGCGGACUUAACAUAACGGAGCCCGCGGAACUCCAAGCCUCAGGAGCUUCGACCGCGGGAGAAUAAAGAGGAGGAAGAUUGGACCAUUUUUGCCUUCCAUCACAGUGAGGAAUGUGGAAUCUGCCGUGGCGGAUGUUUGUGUUGACUUUGAUGUAGUUGUGUGUCUUGGUGCUUUUUUUCAGCAGGACUGUAUGGCAAGUUGCAUAUCACUCCACCUUAAUUGGUACAUGCGACAAUAAAGACCUUUGAUACCUUUAAAGAAUUGUAGAAGCUGUAUUUUUGCGUAGAACAAAGUGUUGAAGUAAUUCAACGGGUCAGGUAGCAUCUCUGGAAGACAUGGAUAGGUGAUGUUUCAGGUUGGGAUCCUUCUUCACACUAAUGUAGUAGGGGAGAGAAAGUUGGGGGGGGGGUGGGAGGUGAGGAUACUUGACAGGCCUUGUCCUGCCCCAUCUCAUCAGCUUUCUCCUACCCGAUUUUGAAACGUCACUUGUCCACAUCCUACAGAAAUGCUGCUUGACCUGCUGAGUUACUCCAGCACUUUGUGCUCUAUGCAUUAUUCUUUCAGAAGUAGACAAAAAUGCUGCAGAAACUCAGCGGGUGUGGCAGCAUCUAUGGAGCGAAGAAAAUAGGUGACGUUUCGGUUGUCUGAAGACGAAUCUCGACCCGAAACGUCGCCUAUUUCCUCCGCUCCAUAAAUCCUGCCUCACCCACUGAGUUUUUCCAGCAUUUUUGUCUACCUUCGAUUUUCCAGCAUCUGCAGUUCCUUCUUAAACAUUUAUUUAGUUAUUUAUUUACUUUAAUUAUUUAUUUCGAACAGAAUAAAAUAAUAAAAAGCAAGUGUGAAACAGCAUACAAAAAACAAAACAAAAAUAUUUAUAAAGUGUCAUAAACAAUAUCUAUAAAUAAAUGAAAUCGUAUGUGUCCGAAAAUGAGCAGGAAGAAGCCAAAGCUUAUUCAUUCCAACCCAUUAUUCAACUGUUUCUAAUUAUCUUAUAUAAAUUUAGCAGCUAUAUGUACACCAAAUUAUUUACAUUUAUACACUAAUCAAAUAUUUACAAAGCCAUACAAAAAAGAAAAGAAAAAAAACCCUCAUAUACUAUACAGUAUCUUAGUCAUAUAUAUAACCCAUCUCUCUAUAAUCACCCUUCCCAAUACAAUCAGCAUAACAAAUAUCUCACUCACAAUCACCUUUCCUCAUCCCAAUAUCCUUUUAAACAAGUGUUUUUGUACAUCUUUUUAAAGUGAAUUAUGUUUGUGCUAAGUUUUAUCUCCUGUUCCAGACCAUUCCACAAAUUCACACCACAGAUUGCUAUGCACAUACUUUUAAGAGCUGUUCUGACAUUGAGUUUUUUUUUAAUUAUGUUCCCCUCUCAAAUUAUACCCACCCUGUCUUUCCAUAAACAGUUUUUGUAUAUUUCUUGGAAGUAAAUUAUUUCUUGCUUUGUACAUGAUUUGCGCAGUCUUAAAUUUAACCAGAUCGGUGAACUUCAGUGUAUGUGUCUUUAAGAAUAAUAAAUUGGUAUGUUCAAGAUAUCCAAUGUUAUUGAUAAUUCUUAUUGCUCUUUUUUGUAAUGUGCAUAACGGCUGUAGGUUGGUUUUGUAGGUGUUACCCCAUAUCUCCACACAGUAACUCAGAUAUGGCAAUAUGAGUGUAUUAUACAAAGUAUGUAAUGAUUUGUGGUCCAGAAUGUGUCCUGAUUUUCCCAAUAUUGCUAUAGACUUUGCCAGUUUUGCUUUGACGUGGUUUAUAUGUGGUUUCCAGCCGAUUUUGUGGUCUAAGAUCACACCAAGAAAUUUAUUUUCAUAUACUCUUUCUAUACUUAUGUUAUCUAUUUUCAAUUGUACUUUUAUGUUUUCCAAAUAGCAUAAUCUUUGUUUUGCUUAAAUUUAGAGACAAUUUGUUGACAUCAAACCACUGUUUUAAUUUAUUCAUUUCUGAUGUGAUGACUUCCCAAAUCUGCUUCAAAUUGCCACCGGAACAAAAAAUAUUCAUAUCAUCGUCAAAUAUAAUUAAUUUCAGUAUAUUUGAUACUUUGCAUAUGUCGUUAAUGUACAUUAUGAAAAGCUUUGGACCUAACACAGACCCUUGAGGUACUCCACAAGUUAUGUUCAUGUAAGUUGAUUUAUGUUCACCUAUUUCUACAAAUUGUUGCCUGUUUCUUAAAUAGCUUCUCACCCAAUCCAAUCCAACCCCUCUGAUGCCAUACCUAUCCAGUUUCAUGAGUAAAAUGUUGUGAUUUACGGUAUCAAAUGCUUUUUUAAAAUCUAUCAAUAUUCCCACUGCAAGUUUUUUAUUAUUUAUGCAAUUCUUUUAGCAGUAAUCUGUAACUUUCCAAUGGAUUAUUGUCUCAGAUGAUACUGCAUUAUUGCUUCAGCAUUUUAAAGCAUGUAUGCCUAGUUGACAUUGUAUUGCAAUUAAUAUAUGGUUUAUUGCAAUAGAAACACAUUUUUUUAUUAAAAGUUAUAGAUGCACGGAUUAAUUAAUGUGUGUGUGUGUGUGUAAACUUUGACGAUUUGUUGGGAAAUCAGGUUCUUGUUCUUGGAGAAUUUAGAAGAGUCACCGGAAGCUACAAAUCAAGGAGAAUGAACAUUCUCUAUUUAGGGAGGACUAGUCACAUCUUCCCAUAUCCACCCCUUUCCGCCUUCCACAGAGACCGUUACCCCCAUAAUUCCCUGGUUAACUCAUCCCUUCCCACCGAAAACAACCCCUCCCCAGGUACCUUCCCCUGCAAUGCAGUAGAUGCAACACCUGUCCCUGUACCUCCUCUCUCGAAUCUGUCCAGGGACCUCAAUGGUCCUUUCAGGUGAUGCAGAGAUUCACUUGCACCUCCUCCACACUGAUCUGUUGUAUCCGCUGUUCAAGAAGUGGACUCUUAUACAUCGGCAAGACCAUAUGCAGACUGGGCGAUCGUUUCAUUGAACACCUUCGUUCAGUCUGCCUGGACCUAACUGAUCUCCCAGUUGCUAAACACUUUAAUUCUCCUUCCCAUUCCCACAUUGACAUUUCUGUCCAAGGCUUCCUCCAUUUUUAUAGUGAGGCUAAAAGCAAAUUGGAAGAACAUUUCAUAUUUUGCUUGGGUUUCUCUAACUUCAUUUCUCUAACUUCUCUAAAUUCACGCAACCCCUGCAUUUCCUCUCUCUCCACACACACACCCCCCCCCCCCCACCCAAAUUGCACCAGCUUCUCGUUCUCAUCCAACAAACAGUCAACAAUGGCCUGUUUCCUUUAUCACAGUUUUUUGCAUAUCUUUCAUUCAUUGUUCUAUAUCUCACUACAUCACCAUCUAUCUCUCUCGUUUCCCUUUCCGGCUAACUCUCAGUCUGAAGAACCCGAAACGACACCCGUUCCUUCUCUCCAGCGAUGCUGCCUGUCCCGCUGAGUUACUCCAGUUUUUUGUGUCUACUCUCUCUUGAGUAUUGAUCAGGAUAUCUGAAAACAGGGAGGCAGAACAACAUGUGUGUUUCCAUCAGGCAGGAUCAGUGAGGGAAAGGUAAUGAAGAGGCAACAGAGAGCAGGGCCGGAUUUAGAUGAAGAGAGGCCCUAAGCUGUUCCACUUGUGAGGCCCCUCCCAAUACCCCACCCCCACGACUAGAGGAAGAUGGUCCACCAGAUUGACACCGAUUUGCAGCCGAGCGUGGCCAAUGAGAUAAGGGGUUGGAAAGCUGCGCUUCAUUUAUUUAUUUAUUGCCAGUGCUAGUGUCGAGUUAUUGGCUUAAAACACUAUUAUUCUGAAAUGGAGGGCAAGGAAAAUUACUGAAGGGUUGUUUAAAGAAUACAGUGCGUUGUGGACAGCAUAUGUAAGAAAGGCCUAUGACAGUCAAAAAUAUUAUACACCUUGCAGGGCUCUCACUUAAUUUUUUUUCUCUGUUGACAGCCGGGCAACCUUGGCAGUUUUUUAAGUUGCCAAAUGACAGUUUAGGUGGUCAUUUAAGACGGCUUGCAUGUAGUUACCAGUCGGAAUUAUGCUCAAUGAAGCAUUCACAUAUUAUUUCUGCUUCAAAUAAAGUCACAAGCUAAACAUAUUCACCAAUCAAGACAUGAUAUAUCCCACAAUAACAUGCAGCAAAAUUAUAAUACAGUAUCUCAACUCUUUUUACACAUUGCAAUGAAUGCAAUUUCUACUAUUUCUUUCCAAACAAAAAUGUGGUUGGAUUAUUCAGCGUAUGAUCAACCUCGGUGAGACCAAGCGCAGGCUUGGCGUUCGCUUCACUCAGUUCGCAAUAACCAACCUGAUCUCCCGGUAGUUCAGCACUUCAACUCCCCCUCCCAUUCUGAAUCCGACCUUUCUGUCCUGGGCCUCCUCCAUGGCCAGAGUGAGGCCCACUGUAAAUUGGACGAGUAGCACCUCAUUUUUUGCUUGGACAGUUUACAACCCAGCGGUAUGUGCAUUGAUCUCUUCAAUUUCAGGUAAUCCCUG